CACUACUAUAUAACAAAUAAUUUGAGUCAUGUCCGUAUCUCCGCUGAAAAGAAGAAGAAUAUGUGUUAUGGGAUACAGUAGGGUAGGAAAGUCGUCUCUGACAAUCCAGUUUGUCCACAACAACUUCCCUGAUUCAUACGAACCCACUAUUGCUAAUACUUUCAACAAGAGAUUCCAGAUCAACAACAACCACUAUUCUUUGGAGGUGAUGGAUACAGCUGGUCAGGAUGAGUAUAGUAUUAUGUCCUCUGGGUACGAUGGUAUGGACGGUUACAUCAUAGUAUACGAUAUCACCAACAGGAAGAGUUUCGAGGUGUGUCAAGUUAUAUUUGAUAAACUGCUGGAGAUGAAAGGGGAGAGUUCAGUUAACCACGUCCCAAUAAUCCUGGUCGCAAACAUGAGAGAUUUGCAUCCACGGAGGGUUAUUUCCGUCGAAGAGGGAAGGAAACAAGCAAUGGAUUGGCACUGUGAUUACAUCGAAUCUUCUGCCAAAAAUAACGAAAACAUAAGAGAGAUAUUUGAGACGGUCAUCAAGAAGAUUGACAAAGAUCUGGGCGUGUCUCAUGACAACAAAGAGGGGAAAUGUUCCAUGAUGUGAAAAUUGACUUUGAAAUCUCAUCCUCUUUUUGAUAAUUGAUAAUGUUUUUUAUUUUGGUCAAAACAGUUGACUACUGCUUGAUGUUGUUUUUACCUAGGGGGCGCAUUGCUUUUCACCAUUUAUCCUGGAGAUAUAAUAGGUAUUAGAUUUUCGGUGUGAGGAAAAUUCUUUCUGCAAUCAAGAUUUGAGAUUGUAUCGUCUCCAUGGUGUCAAUGGUGCAUUUGUGAUGUUUUUGGUAUUAUAUUCGACUGAAAAGUUCAAAAAAAAGAUGAGCGAAUAUAAUACGGAAAUUGGUGAUUAGAUGCAAUACUCCCCAAGAUAAAAUCAUCAUUUGCCGUGAUUCACCUAAAUGUUGAGAUGAUUUAAGAAACUUUUUCUAAUUCACAACAAAACUGUUCAAUUUGGGAGAAGCGGAUGAUUUUUAUGAUUAUAGGAUCUUUAUAAAUUGUUAGUACAAAAACCUCAGAUAGGAAUUAGUUAACUCAAAUAAUUUAUAUCUCGUUCAAGGAAAGCGCCGGAUGUGGGGGGUCAUUAGUUGACAUUCAGAAUGUACUGUAUUAAAUUAUUAUAAAAUUAUCCUGCUAAAAUGUUUUAUAAAUUAGGUUUGGUUUCGUUAAAGUAUAUGAAGAUAAAUAGGCAGUGAAGCAUGAAUAAGGAUGAACACCAUAUAAGGCAUAAACGAUUUGAGUUUUUCUCAAUAUGUUUCAUUGAAAACUUGUUUUAUUGUAGUGAACUGAAUUUUAGUUUAAAGUUCUUUGAAUUUAAACAGUACUUUGUAGAUUUCGUGUGAAACGACGA